CCAUCCAUAUACAUCCAUCCAUCACCCAUCCAUCCAUCCAUAUACAUCCAUAUACAUCCAUCCAUCCAUCCAUCAUCUAUCCAUCCAUCCAUAUACAUCCAUCCAUCCAUCCAUCCAUCCAUCCAUCCAUCCAUCCAUAUACAUCCAUCCAUCCAUCCAUCCAUCCAUCCAUCCAUCUUCAUCCAUCCAUAUACAUCCAUCCAUCCAUCCAUCAUCCAUCCAUCCAUCCAUCCAUCCAUCCAUCCAUCCAUCCAUAUACAUCCAUCCAUCCAUCCAUCCAUCCAUCCAUCCAUCCAUCCAUCCAUCCAUCCAUCCAUCCAUCCAUAUACAUCCAUCCAUCCAUCCAUCCAUCCAUAUACAUCCAUCCAUCCAUCCAUCCAUCCAUCCAUCCAUCCAUAUACAUCCAUCCAUCCAUCCAUCCAUCCAUCCAUAUACAUCCAUCCAUCCAUAUACAUCCAUCCAUCCAUCCAUCUAUCAUCCAUCCAUCCGUCCGUCCGUCCUCCGUCCGUCCAUCCAUCCAUAUCCAUCCAUCCAUCCAUGCAUCAUCCAUCCAUCCAUAUCCAUCCAUCCAUCCAUGCAUCAUCCAUGCAUCAUCCAUCCAUCCAUCCAUCCAUCCAUCAAUCCAUAUAUCCAUAUUCAUCCAUCCAUCCCUCCAUCCAUCCCUCCAUCCAUCCAUCCUCAGCAAUAAUUCAGCAAUAUUUCGCUCCAUCACUAGAAGACGAGGAGCUUCGUCUUCCCUCCUUCGGCACCAGCGUGGUGAAGCAGGGGGGUGUUUUUCAGCUUUAG